CUAUCCAUAUGGACUGUUUGUGUAUAAAUUUAGAGAGAGAAAGUACGAAGACCGAAAGAAAGAGGGAAGAAGAGGAGGAAAGAAAUGAAGCACCUCUUGAAAAAGCUUCAUCACCACCCUAAUCGAUCCAACGAAACUCCAUCUUCUUCAUCAACAUCUUCUACUUCUUCGUCCACGUCAUCAUCGUCGGCGCCGGCGUCAACGUCAGCGUCAUGUGGUGUCUCCGAUCACCGGCCUUCCAACUUCGGCAACGCUCCGGCGUGUGUUCCCACUACUGCUACCGCUGCUUCUCCUACUACAACUUCGCCGACUUCUGCUGCUCCUGCCACUUCUCCGGAGGCUACAGCUGUGGCGGAUAGGCAGCAGCAGCAGCAGAAGAAGGAUUAUUUUGAUUCGGAGGAGGAAUUUGAGAUGCAGCUAGCCAUGGCAAUGAGCGUCUCGGCCUCUUUGGCGCAGGAGUCUGGUACUAUCGAUGGGAAUACUGAUCAUCAUCAUCAUCAGAGUUUUCUCGGAGGAGGCCAAGGUGGCGACUCUGUGGGCCACAGGGAUGAUGCUGCUGCGGACUUGUUGUCCAGACGGUUUUGGGAAGAUAGUGGACUUGACUAUGAGGAAAAGGUGGUUGAAGGCUUCUAUGAUGUCUUCAGUCUCUCCAUAGAUCCAGCAAGCAAAGGAAAAAUGCCAUCUCUUACUGAUCUUGAGACAAAUCCUGGUGGCUCUGAUUUUGAAGUAGUAAUAGUCAACAAAUCUAUUGAUCCUGCUUUGAGAGAGUUGGUGGAGAUUGCACGGUGUAUAGUAGCAACGACUGAGAUUGGUCUUCAAGUACAGAGACUUGCUGAACUUGUUGCAGACCAAAUGGGUGGACCAGUGAAGGAUGCAAAUGUCAUAAUGGCAAAAUGGCUGGAAAGAAGCACAGAGUUAAGGACAUCUCUCCACACAGUUGUGCGACCUCUUGGGUCAUUAAGACUUGGGCUUUUACGUCAUCGAUCGCUGCUUUUUAAGGUAUUGGCUGACAAUGUUGGUAUACCUUGUAAAUUGGCGAAUUGGAGUAAAUACACUGGAAAUGAGGUUGAUGUUGUGAACUUUGUAAAGUUUUCAGACGGAAGUGAGUUCUUAGUUGAUCUCAUGGGUGAACCUGGGGCACUCAUACCUGCUGAUGUUUUGAGUGCAAAAGAUGGAUCUUUCAAGUCAUAUCCUCCGAAAUUAGGCAAACUUCCCACUUUUCAGGCAACCAGUGAUACUGGAGCUGCUCAAUCAAAUCCAUAUUUAUUAUCUGGACAGAGUUCUGCAGAGGAAAAUAGUUUCUCUUCACAAAAAGAUUCCGAAAAGACAGAUUCAUUGCCUUCUCCUCAGAAUGGAAGAACCAGUAGCAGUGUUAGCUCUUCUGGAUUGAACAAAAGGGCACCAGCUUCCAACCAGAUGGAUCAUAUCCCAUCCUUGGCUAUUGGGACUUCUUUGUACAAAGGUGGUCGUGGGCCCAAUGCAGCUGGUGAUGGUGCAAGAAUGAAUGUGAAUCUGGUUCCAUAUAAUCAGAGCAGUACUGAAGACCCAAAAAAUCUUUUUGCUGAUCUUAAUCCAUUCCAAAUAAAAGGAUCCGGUAAGGCUUCGUUGCAAGGGGACUAUGGUAGGAAAAACUUUAAUGAAAUACCACGGCCAAAAGGUAACCUUCUUAGUGGCCGACCUCCAGUACCUUUGGCACAAAAAAGUAACCAGAUAUAUAAUGAGGCUUCCAAGAAAAAUGAAUAUGACUUUGUUGAGAGCCUCUUCUCAAAGAGCAAUCGCACAGCUGGUGAAUGCAGUAUGUUGUCAACUCCUUCUACAAGCUUCACUCCUCCAGUCGUAGCUAGAAAGUCUGAUGAUGCCUACAGAGAGGAUGAUGCAAACAUGUAUGCUGUUAAUAAUUUGGCAAUAGCUGAGGUGCAAUUCAAUCGGUUGUCUCUACAGGAUGACCAGGGCAUUGAUCAGAAAAAAACUUAUCAAAGUGGUGGUGGAAUGCUUCAGAAUGGCCAAUCAAAUAUUACAAAAGAGUAUGGGAAGGAUGCUAGUGGGAUGCAUGACCAGAGAAACAAUCAGCAAGAUGGUUUUACAUUGACUGAUUUAAGAUUCAAGGAUCAAGCAUAUCCAAGCUCUUCUGUUAAUCCAGCUGUUCCUCAACUUGAUCCUGUAAUUGAUGAUGUCAGUGAAUGUGAAAUUCCAUGGGAAGAUCUAGUUAUUGGUGAAAGGAUUGGACUAGGUUCCUAUGGUGAAGUAUAUCAUGCUGAUUUGAAUGGCACCGAAGUUGCUGUGAAAAAGUUCCUUGACCAAGAUUUCUCGGGUGCUGCUUUGGCUGAGUUUAGGAGAGAAGUGCGCAUAAUGCAAAGGUUACGCCAUCCAAAUGUAGUUCUUUUUAUGGGUGCUGUAACUCGGCCUCCGAAUCUCUCUAUUGUCACAGAGUUUUUACCACGAGGAAGCUUAUAUCGGAUUAUUCAUCGCCCACAGUGUCAAAUUGAUGAAAAGCGAAGAAUUAAAAUGGCUUUAGAUGUGGCAAAGGGCAUGAAUUGCUUACAUACUAGCAUACCUACAAUCGUCCACCGUGAUCUGAAGUCACCAAAUUUGUUGGUUGAUAAUAAUUGGAAUGUGAAGGUAUGUGAUUUUGGGUUGUCACGUUUGAAGCACAAUACAUUUUUGUCAUCGAAGUCGACAGCUGGGACACCAGAGUGGAUGGCACCAGAAGUACUCCGAAAUGAGCCUUCUAAUGAGAAGUGUGAUGUUUAUAGUUUUGGCAUCAUUUUGUGGGAAUUAGCAACCCUCAGACUACCUUGGAAUGGGAUGAAUCCAAUGCAGGUUGUGGGUGCUGUAGGCUUUCAAAAUCGCCGUCUUGAUAUACCAAAGGAAGUUGAUCCAUUAGUAGCUAGAAUAAUUUGGGAAUGUUGGCAAACGGACCCAAAUCUGCGCCCUUCAUUUAGUCAACUCACAGUGGCAUUGAAACCAUUGCAGCGGCUUGUCAUCCCUUCGCACAUAGAUCAGCCAAGCCAACCCAUGCCUCAGGAGAUCUCGGUGAAUUCCACGCCUUAAGACACAUCUCAGAUCCUCAACUGUGAAAAAAUAUUGUUGUGUUUGCACAGGACGACGAACAUGAACUAUUCAGAGAAAGUGAUAAAGUUUUGGAGUCGCUUCCCUGAUGGAAACAAAAGCUGGGGAUUUGCUGUUUGAGUUGGGAGUCAGAACUCAAAUUUGCGAAUGCAGUUUUAAGGUCAAAAGCAAAAGUUAAUGUGUGUGUAUUGUUUCUGCAGCUCAAAACUUGCUGUGGCUCUUCUUGUACAGUGGCUUGUGCAUAUGUGAUCCCAAUGCUUAAAAUGUAUAGCUUGAUGUCUUGUAAUAUUUCUUGUUGGUCUCAUUAAAAAUAUUGAAAAGCUACCAUGUUAUCAUUGCUCGGCGCAAAAAAAAAAAAAAUCAUUUUAAGCCGAUAAUAAUUGCUGCUAUUUGCCAUUGGAACA